AGGCCACGUGAUCCGCCCGCCAAUGGUGUCGAGAAGGAGCCUGCCAAAAUGGCGGUGACGCGCUACCGGCGCUUCUUGAAGCUGUGCGAGGAGUGGCCCGUGGAGAAGACAAAGCAUGGCCGCGAUUUGGGCACUUUCCUGCGGCAGCGGGUGGCGCAGGCCUUCCGCGAGGGAGAGAACACGCAGAUUUCUGAUCCGAUGACCUGUGAUGCAAUGUUUGACAGUUUAGCUAGAAUCCAUUCCAACUACUAUAAAAUCAAGUAUCCACGUUUGAAAGAUACAAGCUUCACUGGGGUGACAGUGGAAGAAUGCAAGAUGGUCCUUGCAACAGAUACCUUGAAGCAGAUGGAAGAAGCAUCAAAAGGGAAAUGGACAAAGUUACGUGAAAAAUUCUCUGGCAAACGUCCUGAAGAAGAUUCCAAAUUAUGACUUCUUUUCCCUAAUCGAUGCUCACGAAGGACUGCAUUUUGCCAGGAUAGAUACUUCUUCUUGAAACAGGAGUUUUAAAAUAAGCUUACAUAUGAGCAUGUCAGACUCUAAAUCAAGAGAUCCAGGUUUGGCAUCUCAACUCAGAACAAUUCCUCUUUCGGGGUUAGUGGAUCAGGUAUUGAUAAAAGACUUGGUGAGAAAUCAUCUGGAAUGGGACAAAGCUCAUUUUGUUAUUUUGGCUUAUGGAAGGUGUUAGGAAAGCUUGGGUUAGAUUUGCAGAACACAGUGGUAAGUUACUUGAAGUUCUUGGACUGGGUGAUUACAUGGGUGUAGGGGUUAUGGAAAGACUGCACUGCUGGAUGUCAUCUUGUAACUGAUGGAUUGAAACAUAGUGUUUGAUUGCUUUUUAGAAUAAAAAAAUAUUUCCAGAGCAUUAUGGAAAUUAUACUGAA